CUUUCAGAAGGCUUUAGUUCCUACACUGCCUGUGAAAGAAACAAAAAGCAAGCAGCCUUUCUAGUGUCUGGAAGAGAGAGUCUGGUCUUUAAAGAUAAAAUGUCUUUUGAUUAUUUUGACUACAAAGGAGUCAGAUUUGCUGUUGGGGUACAAUCAGAAGAGACUCUCAACCAUGCUGAAAAUGAAUUUGAAGUACUUGAUGAUGACAUUUUUAAUGUAACCUAUCCUAAAUCAGGUAGUAAUUGGAUGAUUCAAAUCUUGAAUUUAAUUAAACACAAAGGGGAUCUUGAAAAAAAUAACAUGAUACCUAUCUUUAUGAGAUCACCAUGGUUUGAAUCAAUUGGCAAUCGAGAACCAAUCGAAAAGAUGGAAUCUCCAAGAAUAUUAUCUUCCCAUCUACAACACCACAUUUUUGCAAAGUCUUUUUUCAAAUCUAAGGCAAAAAUUAUUUACACAAUGCGAAACCCAAAAGACAUCAUUGUAUCAUUCUUUCAUUUUACCAAGAUUCUCAAAAUCUUUCAACCAGCUGAAGAUUUCCAGAAAUUCAUUGAAGACUUUAUACAGGGGAAAUUUCUGUUUGGAUCUUAUUUUGACCACGUAAAAGGCUGGAUGCAAAUGAAAGAUGACAGCAGAUUCUUCAUAAUCACAUAUGAAGAGCUUAUGCAGGAUCUCCGUGGCAGUGUUGUGAGAAUCUGUAAAUUUUGGGGACAGGAGUUAGAUGAUGCCCAGAUUGACUUAGUUGUUAAACAUUCAUCCUUCAAAUCUAUGAAGGAAAACAAAAUGUCAAAUUGGAGUGAAAUUCCACCGGAUAUAAUGGACCUUACAAAAGGACAAUUCAUGCGUAAAGGAAUAUCUGGUGAUUGGAAGAACCAUUUUACAGUAGCUCAAAGUGAGUACUUCGAUAAAGUCUACCAAGAGAAGAUGAAAGAUGUCAAUAUAACAUUUUUCUGGGAGCAAUCAUCAUAAAGUUAUGACAUUUCUAUUUAGCAGAAGUGCCUGCAUGAUUAAAUAUGUUUUACCAAAGGUUGUCAACUGUCCAUGAAUUCAGACUGUCAUUAAAAAAAAAAAAAAAAAAAGAAAAAAAGAGAACUAUGGCGGUUU